GUUGGUCAAUACAGCAGCGAUGAACUGACUUUUAUUUACGCUACAUCUACUUCAAAACUGAAGCAACACAAAACACUGUCUAUCACGGACUCCAUGCUAGGGACUUACAAACUGGGGCGUGUCCCCAUUAUACCCCGGCAUUCCUCCGGAUUGAUCCCAAGAUUACUAAACUCGAAUCGACAUCCAUCGUCACGGUGUCGGCGACUACUAGGACGUUUCCCAAACCGAUUUCUGACAUUUCAAGACGCGUAUCCUCCAACCGUUACCCUGCAGCGGAACUCGUUCUCAAUGGCUCAACCAGAGAUAUACUACAACAAAGAGGGAAUAAAGGUAGUCGAAAGGUUCUUCGAAGUGCCCUUGGACCAUAGCAAUCCAUCCGGAGACAAGAUACGCGUCUUUGCGAGGAAUCUGAUACCACGGUCGAAAGCAAAGACGAAGGAGGAUGAAGAUAAGUUGCCGUACGUUGUCUACCUACAGGGUAUGACACACCUUUCCCGAUGAAAUCAUGAGAAGUUGGACUGAGCAUGCACUCGAAGGCGGACCGGGUUUUGAAGUACCGCUCAUGAGUAGCUCUGGGUUUUCUGGAGAGAUUCAUGAUCGUGGCUAUCAAACCCUUUGGCUGGAUCAACGAGGGACCGGACUGAGCACGCCUUUCUCUAUCGAAACCCUUCCGUCGCACAUCAAAACCGAUCAGCAGAUAGCGGACUACCUGAAGUUCUUCCGAGCGGAUAGUAUAGUCAAAGACUGCGAAGUAAUUAGGAAGUCCCUCUUAGGUCAUCGACCGAAGGAAGAACAGAAAUGGUCGUUGUUCGGACAAAGCUUUGGCGGGUUCUGCGCUAUAACAUAUUUGUCUUUCUCCCCGGAAGGCUUGAAAGAGGUUUUCCUGACUGGUGGACUGGCUCCCUUGAUCGAUCACCCCGAUCCUAAUUACGAGGCUACAGUUCAGAAAGUAAUAGUUCGGAACAAUAGAUAUUUUGAGAAGUAUCCCCGGGAUAUUCAGCGCAUCCGCGAUAUCGUUUCCUAUUUGUCAUCUAACAAUGUAGAGUUACCCGAUGGUGGUCGUCUAACCGUCAGACGAUGGCAGCAAUUGGGGAUUGACUUUGGCAUGGCAGGUGGUAUUGAUCGAGUGCAUCAGAUUGUCCUACGUAGCGCCAACGACCUCGAUCUAUUCAACAGAUUCUCGUACAAACUUCUUCAGACUAUCCAGAACAGUUCAUCUUUCGAUGGAAACCCAAUCUACGCUAUCCUGCAUGAGCCAAUUUAUUGUCAAGGGAAAGCCCCGAAUUGGUCAGCCAACCGUGUCGUUGGGAAGCAUUCACAGUUUUCCUGGAACCUUGUGAAAUCUCUUGGGAGUGAUAUCCCGCUGUGGUUUACGGGCGAAAUGGUUUUCCCGGAAGUCUUUGACGACUUCACCAAUCUUCGACCUCUCAAGGGCGCUGCUGAAAUCUUAGCUAAAGACAGCUCGUGGGGGCCACUAUACGACCUGAACCAAUUGGCGAAGAAUACGGUUCCAGUUACUAGUGCGACGUACUAUGAUGAUAUGUAUGUUCCGUUCGAACUUGCACAGAAAACUGCGGCCAUUAUCAAGAAUACGGAACAGUAUAUCACGAACCAGCUCCAACACGGUGGCCUUCGCGAGGACCCCAAGGAUCUAAUGAGAAGGUUGUUCCAGAUAUCUAAGCGGGAAUUCGAUUAGUGUUGUACGAAUACGUGGGUAAUCCCAGGUGAUUUAAAACAAGUUCAAAG